AUGGAUUGGCCUGCUAAUAGCCCUGAUCUCAAUCCUAUUGAGAACCUUUGGGACAUAUUAAAGAGAAGACUACAAAGUCGUCCACAAGCACCAGAUCUUCAAACUUUGGGUGGAAAUCUUCGAGAAAAGUGGAACGCCUUUUCUCAAGAGAUUAUUCGGAGCCUCAUUCAGUCUAUGGCAAAUCGACAAUGUAACUCCACGCCUAAUAUUUUUGGCAACUACCUGGAUUUGGUACUAUCUGAUUUGCCAUGUGUGGUUAGCAAGGCUGAACCUCUGCUACCCGAAGAUGCUUAUCACCCAACAUUAGACAUUACGUGUAACAUUGACACGCAACUGCAUUCCAAUCUCUCCUCCGGGAAAUCCCUAAAAGCAUACAAUUUUCGCAGAGCGGACUACCCACUAUUAUACGACCGAUUUUUUAAUACUGCAUGGUCUUUCUUGGAGACAGGGCAUUUUGACAACAUAAAUGAUAUGGACUUCUCCAGCUGGUUCACAAGGGAUAUAAUCAACAACUUAAAAGAAAAAUACAGACAGUUCAGAAUUUACAAGUGCACCAACUCCGUUAUUGCAUUAGAAUCCUUCAAGCGUCUUCGCGCACUCACUAAGAAACAAAUCAAAGAGGCCUACUCAACAUAUGAACAGACGAUCCAAAACAAUCUGCAAACUCAACCUCAAGAUUUAUGGAAAUUUGUGAACCAGAAGCGUAAACAUUCCCGCAUACCAGGCAUUAUGGAAUAUGAAAACACUCAGCUUUCCGACACAUCUCAAAUACUGGAUGCUUUUGGAUCAUUUUUCCGAAGUGUAUACGAACAGAAGCAGGACAAUUGGGAUGGCUGUCCUGUACAGCUACCACUAAAUUGUGUUUCCCUGAUUGGACUUGAUGAAUCCGAUGUUCUCAAUGCGCUGAGAAAACUGAAAGCUAAGGUCACUGCAGGACCUGAUAGUGUUCCCUCUUUCAUUGUUAGAGACUGUGCAGCGGUCUUCUCUAAAGCGCUUACUAAGAUUUUUAACUUGGCUCUACGUACUAAUACUUUCCCGGAUGCCUGGAAGAAUGUGAAGAUUUGUCCAGUAUUCAAGUCCGGUAAUGUCAACGGCACUGGUAAUUACAGACCGAUUGCCAUUUUAUCAAACUUUGCCAAGGCUUUUGAAAUGUACAUAUUUACGAAAUUAUUUCCCUAG